AUGGAGAGCAGUGAUGAUGAAGAUGAUUGGUGUCCCAAGACCCAAGUCGGGCUUCAGGAUCUCAUUCAUGGCCCUUCUCGCGCCAAGAUGCCUCUGAUCAGCCAAUUUGAUGAAGGCAAUGGCCAGAAUGCCAAGGUUGAGAAGAACGCCCCGCUGCCAAACCAACAGCUCGUGGAACCUGUGUGGUGCUCGGUGGGCUUGAAACAACAUCGAGCACGCGCAUGUGACUUCCACGUUCAGGAUAAUGAACUUGAAUCUCACAUUGUUGAUGCACCACGCAAUGUGAAGGCCCGAGCUGAACAGGAGGCAAAGUGGGCUGGAGACUACGAUGGCCGACAGCACUGGUCUUUGCGGGAAGCGUAUUUGAAACAUCGGGCUCGAUUGCAAGGGGCGCAGCGUGAUUUGUAUCGAGUGAAGUUGCUGUUGGAUGCCCACUUCUUGUCGCAGUCGUCCUGCCUUAAGGACCUGGACCUUUCAAUCCUGGAGCGCGUGGCGGACUUUGGCUUUGCCCAAGGUCCUGCAGUGGGGUUUCUGGCGGGCUGGCGCAAGCCCAAACCCACCUCAAAUCCACACAUCAGGUUCAUGGCUCGCAAGCGGCCGUUAUUGCCUUUUGAGGUUGCUGCAGGUGACUGGGAUUGCGUGACGAUAUCCAGGAGUGCAGCACGAGUGGUUUGUCACGAUGGCCGCCUACACCGCACUGGACGCAGAUUAGAAAUGCUUCACAAAAAAUUUGUUUUGGAUCAAGCCUAUGACUCAUCAGUAUCUGACAGUGAGUUCUACGCAGAUGCCGUGAGGCCGCUGGUUGCUUCACUGACUGGAGCGGAGGCCACCAUCAUUUGCUACGGCCAGACUGGCACGGGCAAAACUCACACAUUCAACGCAUGCUGGAAGCGCAUUGGAAACGACCUUGCGGGGUGCACGAUUUCCGUGACUUUCUUUGAAAUCCACGGAAAAAAGUGCUACGACCUGCUGCAGCAGCGUAAAGAAGUGACUCUGCGGGCAGAUGGGGAUGAACGUGUUCAUGUAAGGGGCGCUACAACUCUGACAGCUGCAGCCACAGAUGUCGCCAGUCUCUUGGAAGAAGCGCUGUUGCUGCGCCGCUCUGAAUCUACGGAGGGGAACCCUUUGUCUUCGAGAAGCCACGCAGUUUGCGUCCUUUCGAUUGAGGGUGGUGGCAGCAUCAGAUUUGUAGACCUGGCUGGGUCUGAGCGAAACUAUGAGACGAGAUUCAUGACAGCGCAGCAGCACAGGGAUUUUGCUGAGAUCAACAAGUCUCUCAUGGCAUUAAAGGAGUGUUUUCGUGCUCAUGGGCAGCUCGUGAGACAGAAGCAGACCAGGGUCCCAUAUCGUGCCAGCAACCUCACACAGGUGUUGCGUUCCUGCUUCACCCCGGAGCACAGGACAUUGAUCUUGGCAACCAUCUCACCCACUGCGACAGAUUUGCUGCACUCCACCAACUCCCUACUGCAAGUGACACAAAUGUCCAAGGCAUUGUCUGCCUUGCGCUCGGAGUGCUGUGUGGAAUUGCCAUUGGUAUCUUUCUCUGCUUCUACUCCCAUUUGGGAAUGGACCAACGAGGAGGUCAACAUGUGGAUUAGAACGGUGAACAACGGCCUCUUCAAGUACCUGGUGCUGCCGCCGAAGAUCACAGGUGAGAUGCUGCUGCAUCUCUCUUCCCAGGCCUUGUCAGAGCUCUUUGACAUGAGCCUUCGUGCUGCUCGUGGUGUUGGCGAGGGCGAGGCCUGGAAUGAGGCUCUUGCAAAGGAUGUGGGCAUUCGUGUGGGGCGGAUGCUGUUCGCUGCGGUGCGGAAGGAGGCAAUGCGCUGGCCUUCAACGGACAAUUGGUUAAUUUGUCGGCGUGAAGAGCGUGAACUUGAGGAAAGUUUGGGUUUGCCACCUGAAUCUGAGCGUCACUGUGAGUUCUUCUUCUGGGGUGAGACGGUGCCAAGGAACAGGACCGAUGGCCCAGACUGA